GCAUGCUGCCCAUGGGCCUGACCAAUGGUGGUGUGCCGCCGGCUGUGCUGGGUUGGUUUCGGCUGUGCUGUCAUCGAGACCUUUUGCUUCGGACCAGGCCGAGGUCAAUGGAGCGGAACAAGGUCUGCGGCCUUGUCCCUCCCCCGUUUCCCACGGCCCGACGGGCUGCACGCCUUGCGAAGAGCGAACAGGGAGGGCCUCUUCCAAUGCCGUGAUCGUGCUGAAUCCGGAAAGGAGCUGAGCGACGAGGAGCUCUUUUGGAAUCGGGAGUACGGGCCCGGCGGCAGCUUCGAGUUCUGGAGCCUCGAACGGCCGAAGCUGGAGAUCGAGCGGCUGUGCUCGGAACUGCAGGAGCUCAACGGGCUCUCUGCUGUGAUCUUGGGGUGCGGCCUUGGCUUGGAUGUCGCCCACUUGGCAGGUGCCGCGCGUGCCGCCUGCCCUUGCGAGGAGCGCGACGCUGUGGUGGUGGGCGGGGUGGACUUUGCCUGGGCGGCCAUCAAGGCUGCGAGGAAGGAGUACAGCGGAACCGCUGGGUGCUUCUUCUACCAUGCUGAUGCUUGUGAGCUACCAGAGCCCUCCGUUCCGCUGGACCUGUUGAUUGACAACACCAUCUUUCAGAACGUGUACAGGAGCGGGUGCCUGGAGGACUACCUGCGAGCGCUCAAGCGGAUCUCCACGCCAGGCCGCACGCUGCUCCAUCUCAAUUUGAUGAGCCGAGAGGGCAUUGAAAGCCGGCCGGAGUUUCAGAAGGAUAUGGAGCAUCUUGGCAGAAGCAACACCUUUCCGGGACUGGAGAUGCUUGGUCCGGGAGGUUUGCUGAAUUUGCUGACUUGAAAGGCCCGUGAAUCUUCGAAAAGGAUCUGCAAUCUGCAAACAUCUGCAGGAGUUUCCAGUUUGCGUGGAGCGGUUUCGCACCCUGUACGAGAGCACGAGAUUCUUUGCAAGCUGUUUCGCCUCAGUUAACCCUGCUGUGCCCACAAAACGCCAAAUUAUCAUUCUUUGUUUGCCGCCACUUUACAGGAUUUAGUGCUGUUUGGUAGAUGCUUCGGGAGGGUGCUGAGCACCAUUUGAAUUGUGGUGUGCUUCUUUUUUCGCCA